UCCCUUCCGUGGAAUGUGGAAAAUCUCACCUGAGUGAGAAUUUCGACAGAUUAUAAAUAUGAUGGGUGCCACCAAAGAUUGGCGCAGUCAUUAGAAGUUUAUCGUCAAAACAAAUUGCAUCAAAAUGCUGAAGUUGGCUUGUAUACUUUUGGUAGCUGCAACGUGCAUCCAUGGCGUUCCUGUGGAAUCUACCUCUGAUAAGUCGGAUGUUACUAGGCCAGUGCCAUUAAUUAACAAUGAGCCCAUUACGGAGAGUACUAGUGAAGUUACUAAAAUCACGUUGUCGAGUGAUUCUCUUAGCCACAUCCAGAAAGUUCCAGCUAAAGGAAACAAAUUAAGUUCCGAACUAGAUCAAACAUCAACGAUUAGCGCCCCAAAAUCAAGUAAAGUAAAGCGUGAAACCAAAACAACGACUUCAACGCCUCAAUCCACUCCGAAACGAGAACAACCAACCCCACCUGCUAGACGAACAACCACCAAGAGCACUCAAAACGUAUCCCUGAAGACACCAAUCGUCCAUCCAUCGGGAGCCAAAAACAAGCGCAGUGUUGAUGAGUCCGAAGAUAGCAUUGCAACGAAACCUGUGACCCAAUCACCAAACAAUCGAACUCAAACGACGACAGCUAGCAACAGCAACAACGACAACGAUGACAACAGUGGACCACACUUCAUCCGACCGGUACCGGUGGAUCAGAUUUUGAAGAACCUUCACGAUGCACCGAAACAUCAUCCAUCGGAAGGAUCACUAAUUGUAACGAGAGCUACCACUGCUGCUCCCGAAGCUACGGCCUCCGAUGUUACCGUUGACGAUCACAAGAUUCAUCACCACAAAACGACUACAACCACCAAGAAGCCCGAGUCGGAUGAGGAUGACGAUGAUGACGACGAUGAUGAUGACAGCGAAGAUGAGACUGAAAAGAAGACUAAACAUUUCUAAAAGAAAAAUUGUUAAAAGAUGGAUUGCAUUGAGAUAUUUGGAUAAGCUUUAAAUAAUAAAA